GGCCGCCCCAUGGUCUUGCGGGGGCCGUGGGGGAGCCGCGGGGGCCCCGGCGCGGCGCUCGCCCUCCUGCGCGCCCUCCGCACUAGGAUGUUGCGGCAGGUCUUGCACAGGGGGCUGGGGACGUCCUUCUCCCGGCUCGGCCACUUCGUCGCCAGCCACCCGGUGUUCUUCGCCUCGGCGCCCGUGCUCAUCUCCAUCCUGCUGGGCGCGAGCUUCAGCCGCUACCAGGUGGAGGAGAGCGUGGAGCACCUCCUGGCCCCCACCCACAGCCUGGCCAAGAUCGAGCGGAACCUGGUGGACAGCCUCUUCCCUGUGAACCGCUCCAAGCACCGGCUCUACUCCGACCUGCAGACGCCGGGGCGCUACGGCCGUGUGAUCAUCACCUCCUUCCGCAAGGCCAACAUGCUGGACCAGCACCACACCGAUCUCAUCCUCAAGUUGCACUCUGCUGUGACCAGGAUCCAAGUGCAAAGACCUGGUUUCAAUUACACGUUUGCCCAUAUAUGUAUCCUGAACAAUGACAAGACAUGCAUAGUGGACGACAUAGUGCAUGUGCUGGAGGAAUUAAAGGCUGCUCGUUCUUCUAAUCGAACUAAUUUUGCAAUCACUUAUCCGAUUACUCACUUAAAGGAUGGCAGGGAAGUGUAUAACGGGCAUCAGCUUGGUGGGGUUACUGUGCACAGCAAAGACCGGGUGAAGUCUGCAGAAGCCAUUCAGCUCACCUACUACUUGCAGGCAAUCAACUCCUUGAAUGACAUGGUGGCAGAAAAGUGGGAAUCCAUUUUUUGUGACACUGUUGAACUUUUCCAGAAAUCCAACAGGAAAGUCAAAAUGUAUCCUUUCACUUCUUCUUCGCUGAAGGAGGAUUUCCAGAAGACGAGCAGGGUGUCAGAACGCUACCUGAUCACAAGCUUGGUCCUUGUGGUCACCUUGGCCAUUCUCUGCUGCUCCAUGCAGGAUUGUGUCCGCAGCAAACCCUGGCUUGGCCUGCUGGGAUUGCUGACCGUGACCCUUGCCACCCUGACUGCAGCCGGGAUCAUCAAUCUCACUGGUGGGAAAUACAAUUCCACCUUCCUGGGGAUCCCCUUCGUCAUGUUAGGUCAUGGGUUAUAUGGGACUUUUGAAAUGUUGUCCUCCUGGAGAAAAACUAGAGAAGACCAACAUGUUAAAGAGAGGACUGCAGCCGUAUUUGCAGACUCCAUGCUCUCGUUUUCCCUCACCACUGCCAUGUACCUGGUCACUUUUGGAAUAGGUGCCAGUCCCUUCACUAACAUUGAAGCAGCCAGGAUUUUCUGCUGCAACUCCUGUAUUGCAAUUUUCUUCAACUACCUCUAUGUACUCUCCUUUUAUGGUUCCAGCCUGGUGUUUACUGGCUACAUAGAAAACAACUACCAGCAUAGUAUCUUCUGUAGAAAGGUACCAAAGCCAGAGGUAUUGCAAGAGAAGCCUGCAUGGUAUAGGUUUCUUCUGACAGCCAGAUUCAGCGAGGACACAACGGAUUCAGAGGAAACGAACACUUACGAGAGUCAUCUUUUGGUGUGGUUCCUUAAACGCUAUUAUUGUGACUGGAUAACAAACACUUACGUCAAGCCUUUUGUAGUUCUCUUUUACCUUGUUUAUAUUUCCUUUGCCUUAAUGGGCUACCUGCAGGUCAGUGAAGGGUCAGACCUGAGCAACAUCGUAGCGACCGCCACACGGACCAUUGAGUAUACGACUGCCCAGCAGAAGUAUUUCAGUAACUAUAGCCCGGUGAUUGGGUUCUACAUCUAUGAGUCGAUAGAGUACUGGAACACCAGUGUCCAGGAGGACGUGCUGGAGUAUACCAAGGGCUUUGUGAGGAUAUCUUGGUUUGAGAGCUACUUAAAUUAUCUUAGGAAACUCAACAUAUCUACCGGAUUGCCCAAGAAAAAUUUCACUGAUAUGUUGAGGAACUCCUUCUUGAAGACCCCUCAGUUUGCCCAUUUUUCAGAGGAUAUCAUCUUUUCCAAGAAAUACAACAAUGAAGUUGAUGUCGUGGCCUCCAGGAUGUUCCUGGUGGCCAAGACAAUGGAAACCAAGAGGGAAGAACUUUAUGACCUCCUGGAAACCCUGAGGAAGCUCUCUCUCACCUCCAAGGUGAAAUUCAUCGUUUUCAAUCCAUCAUUUGUGUACAUGGAUCGUUAUGCCUCUUCAGUGGGAGCCCCCUUACAAAACUCCUGCAUUAGUGCUUUAUUUCUGCUCUUCUUCUCUGCAUUCCUGGUGGCAGACUCUCUGAUCAAUGUAUGGCUCACUCUAACUGUUGCCUCAGUUGAGUUUGGAGUUAUAGGUUUUAUGACCUUGUGGAAAGUGGAACUAGAUUGUAUUUCUGUGUUGUGCUUGAUUUACGGAAUUAAUUAUACAAUUGACAACUGUGCUCCACUGUUAUCAACCUUUGUCCUGGGCAAAGAGUUCACAAGAACUAAAUGGGUAAAAAAUGCCCUGGAAGUGCAUGGGGUAGCUAUUUUGCAGAGCUACCUCUGCUAUAUUGUUGGUCUGAUUCCUCUUGCAGCUGUGCCUUCAAAUCUGACCCGUACACUGUUCAGGUGCUUGUUUUUAAUAGCAUUAGUCACCUUCUUUCACUGCUUUGCCAUUUUACCUGUGAUAUUGACUUUUCUGCCACCGUCCAAGAAGAAGAGGAAAGAGAAGAAGAAUCCUGAAAACCGUGAGGAAAUAGAGUGUGUUGAAAUGGUGGAUAUGGAUAGCACUCGAGUGGUUGACCAAAUUACAACAGUCUAACUUGUUUGUUUGUUGCUUUUUUACAGUAGGUCUUACUGAGAAAAAAAUAAACCAGUACUGACUCAGUAUCUGGGGAGAGGAAGGGGUUUGGAGGUUUCUCCUCCCCCCUCUAAGCUAAAUCCAGGAAUAUUCAAAAUGAUGGGAGAAAUUAAAAAAGAAAAUAAAAGAGCCAGGGGAUUGUACCUUGAUCAGCUCCUAUAACAGGUAUUACGAGAGAAUUUGCACACCUGUGCAAAGAGGGGAUGAAUUUCAGACACGUGAAGUAAAAUCUAAUGAGAGAGGUUGGGUUCCUAAGCAGCCUUCUGCAUUGCCUGUACUGCAGAUACUGCAAUUAUUGUUACUAAACCCCAUCAGAUUGAAAGGUCAGCUGUCAAGGAUGAAGUAGCACUAAGUAUUUGCUGGAUGUAAAGGCUUUAAAAACUUUCUGCAAAGCAAUAACUCAAGUCAGUGAGUCCGCUCUUAUAGGUCUUAGCCAUCAUGUUUAAUUUUUCUUUUCUCCCCUAAUCUAAACAUUUAUGCAAGACUGCAUAACAGAUAGCAAACUGUACUGGGAAAGAAGGCAGUACACAGCAACCAAACACUUUCCAAACACUUUUAUGCUAUAAAUCACUUUUUUUUUCUAAAAAUAUCCUUAUUUUAAAAUGUAAAUCAUCCUGCAUAACAUUUUUAAUCAUGGUUUUAUAGCUGUUUCAUUUUCUUAUAAAAAAAAAAGAACAAAAAAAGAAAAGAGCAGAAAAUCCCAGUGACUCUGUCACUCUAGAAACCAUAUAAUUCUAUUUUAUAAAUGUCUCGCUAUUAGUUAAACACGUAACCUGCUUUACCAACUGUAACCUUGUUAGCACUCUACUAACACGUGCGAGUGGAUCUAGCAGCAGACAGAAGAUGGUGUACUGGAUAUUUCAGCACCCAAAUCCAUGACGUAAACCUCAUGUACUAAAACGUCGUCAAGAAAGUGAAUGUUAGGGCUCUUUUGGUGAGAGCCUAUUUCAGGCCAUUCACUAGUAAUGCACACUAAGAGGAUUAGUGGGUAGUUUUAUGUAAUGUGUAAUUUAAUUCCUCCAUCUUCCUGGAGUAUCAGUAAAGCAAUAGACCUGACAGCUAUGGGCUCUUCCAAGAGACAGCAGACCCUGAGAGUUGUACAGAGCAAACUGAAGGCUGGGCCCGCAGUUUAAUAGUGGCAAGUUGAACAACGUCCCCAAAGAGCCCACAUCAAAGGGGCCUAUCGGAAACAUCGCAUCUGAGAGAAAAAAAAGAAGAAAAAAAAAGUACCUUAAAAAGAUUACAUUACUGAGUCUUUUUGGAGCUGUGAGUUCUAAAUAAUUCCGUCAGCAUCUCUGAUGUGGAGUAAUGCAGACAACAAAGCAUUUCUUCCCACACUGCACCCCUGCACCCCUCAGAACUACAGGAUCAUUACCGCAAGGGUUUGUUACGGGGUUGGGAUACAUGAGCCAGUUCUCUGGGUUUUGCUGGGAGUGCUCCAGCUAUAAAUGGCCUGCAAAAACCCGUCUGCAGGAAGCUGGCACGUGUGUCAGGCAACCUCACAAAUGUACGGACCCAAGAGCGCUGGACAAGUUUUCAGCAGCUGGCAUGGUGCUUGCCAGUGCCCAGAGGUCGUUGGGUCCUGCAGGAGCCCUGGGGCUCAGCUGUGGGGCACCAGCACUGCACGGACUUAGCACAGCUCUGGCCGCACCCUGGGGGUGCUGCUUUGUAUGAAACUUCUCUAUAGCGUCAAUCCCCAGCCUCCCCCAGCUGCCCUGUGCAAAAUGCACUAAAGCCACCUUGUGAAUGUUAAAUUUCAAGUGAACAGAUACUUCUAGAGCUUCCUCCGUUGCAGAUAUUUUGCCCUCCCUGAAGCAAGCUGUUGCGUUCUGAGUAGCAAAACAUGUUGGCAGUGCAGCUGGCAGCAUUUGCCUUCCCCUGCAUAACUCCUCUCUGACCAGAAGGGAAGGAAGCAGUGUCCAGGAAUGCACAGGCUCUUUGCUUAACGAGCACUAUUUGCUGCAGUAGCAGCUGGGAAGCAGUAACAACUUCAGCCUUGGCAAAAGUCAGACAGGCAGACAACUCAGAGACAGCCAUAUGAAUGUGAGGUGAAGGGAAAGGCCUUUUUCCCCUCCUUAGGCUCAGGUGUGCAGCUAUGUUUUCCAGCCAGAAAUCAUUCCUCCCAUGUACUUCCACUGUAGAAUUUCUGUAGCAGUCAUUAUGUCAUUUCAAUUACAGUUUCCCUACGUUCUGACUGUUCAACAGGCAACUGCAGUGGCUUUUAAAAUUCAGAUGGCAUUAACUCAGUUGAGAGCUACAGAGGAAUUGCAAACCGUUUCUGACAGCAGCAAUCUACUGGCUUGUGGGACUCCUGGAAACGGGAGAUGUGUGAAAGAUUUGGUUUGUACAUGGUAGAGAGGAAUACAUGGCAAACACUGAUUUGACACCUCUGCUACCCCUGAUGCUAUCACUUGCAAACACAGGAUGCAAGGAUGGCUUCCAUAAACCUCUCACAUCUAAUUGAAAUGCAUAGAUAGGAGAGUCUUUAAAGAGAUGUCCAAUGACAAGCUUGUGCUUUCACAGAUCUCAUUAAAUCUCAGCAUGGGAGGCCUGCAGAGAUCUUCAAGGAAAGUGAUAAAACCCGUGAUAAAAUUGCCUUUCUGUCCUCAGAUCUGUUGGGAAAAGCGUAUAGAGGCAGUGCUUUGGCAAAGUGCCACAGUACACGCUUGGGCAUCCACAGGGUGAGAGUUAGGAAGACCACAUCUUUGCCCCAAGGCAGAGCUAAUGAUAUUGAAGUUGUUCCUGAGGGAUAUUUGCCCAACCCAUUCUAAAAAUCUGUUUAAAGGCAGAUUCCUCCCUCACCAGGUCUUCUCAGCGCCAUGUUACCCACCAGUUACUGAUGCUGGCUGCCCACAGCUAGGAUGGGGAAGAGGAGCCAUGCCCCUCUCUGCACAGGGAAGUCCAGGUCAGGUGAGAGGCAGUUUCUGAAGCCUCACUGCCCCCCAGAAACCCAAAACAGAGAAAAAAACCAAGUUACAUACCUGUCUCACCAUGUUUCACCCCAAGUUCACCUUCCAUUCUCUGUCUGUAGGCUUCGUGAUCUGAAGUCAUGAAAGUGCUUAGCAUGUUCUUGGCCAAAGUCCAUGAGAUUCCUGCCUGAAUCUUGUUUCUGAGAGACACCAAAUGUUCCUUCUCUACACGUAGCCCGAAUACCUCAACAUGAACCCAAAACAGCACGUUCUCAACGUCUCAGACUAUGCUAACCCACUUUGGCCUUCCUUCCCGUAUGUUUUUUCCACUGGAGCAAUUAUCUCCACCAAAGUCAAUUGGUAUGUGCCAUAUCCAUUGAUAUAGGUGCAGGUAUUGUGCUCUGUUCUCAGUCCAAAGCACUCCAAAUGGCAAACUGUGCAUCAGCUUUUACCCUUCCUGGUGAGCCUCCAUUUGGAAGACUACCUAGGCUUAAGCAGUUUUUGUCACUCUCUUAAGAGGCUUUCUAGCCUAGGUUUCACUGUGGUUUUGUUUACAGUAGAGAUGACCCAAUUUUUGUAUACAUUCAGUGAGUAACAGUAUUUAUUAUACACUGCCAGGCACUGAGUAAAAUUUAACAGCAAAAACUUUAACUACAGCUAAAAAGAAUAUAUAGGACUGUGGCUCACUGAGAGCAUUUAUCUUCUAUGAACAUUAAAAUUUCCAUACAAUAAGGUAUGGUGUACAGUAUAUUUUUACUACAGGGUAAACAUGGGGAAAAAGAACCAACUUAAGAGCAUAUGACCACUGAGACCAGUCCAGUUUUCUUGUAACAUAUUUUCUAAUGUUGGCUUAGCACAAGCCCAUUUUCAAUUUAUGAGUACCCUAACUGGAAAAAAAAAAUGACAAGAAAAAAGUUGGUAUAGCUGGAAUGAUUUCACCAUAAAAAUUAAGUGAUGAAGCCGGAAUUUUCUGCCCAAUGCUUUAAGUGAAAUUGU